AUGCCGUCAACAAAAGGGAAACCAACCGAUCCUGAGCUCCGAGAGGGUCUCAAAGAGGAAAUCAAACAGGAACCCAAUAAAUCCGGAGGUGGCGAGGGAGAGUGGUCCGCUUGGAAGGCGAACAAGUUAGCCAAGGAGUAUGAGAAACAUGGUGGUGAUUACGAAAAUCAGCCAGGAUCCAAAAACGAGCCUAAAAAGGGGGCACCCGAGGCUAAGAGCGAGUCUAAAAAAGAGGGGGGAGACGUAGCUGGACUGGCUUGA